CCAUGGUUCCUCUCGGAGCCCGGGCCUGGGCUAAGGCCGGUCCGACAGGGCUGGAGACUGCGACGUGGUGAGCCGGCGGCGCGGGGAUAAUGCAGGCCUCGCGUCGCCGCUGCUGCUGCUGCUGCCGCCGCUUAUUAUCAGUCGCGCUGCUGCUGGCGCUAAGCGGGCAGCUGUCCUCGCUGCUGCUGCUACUGCUGUUGCACGACGGAGCGGCCACCGAUAUCUCCCCACCGUUAUCGCGGGGGGCCCCACUGCCGCCUUCCGGUCCCCCGCCGCCGCCCCUGGCCUCGGGUUCUGCCAUUGCGGCCGGGUCCGGCCUCCCGGGCAGCAGCCGGACGGAGUCACCUUCCGGGCAAACUGGGCUUAGCGGCAAUGGCAGCGGCCCUGGAGCUGGGCCUGCCGAGGUGGGAGGGGGCGGGCUGUCAGUGUCCCCCAGUCCCCGAGACAAGCCGAUGACCCAGCGGGCCCUGUUGGUGUUGAUGGUGGUGAGUGCCGCGGUCCUCGUGUACUUCGUGAUCAGAACCAUCAGAAUGAGAAGAAGAAACAGGAAGACACGAAGAUAUGGAGUUUUGGACACAAAUCUAGAAAAUAUGGAAUUAACACCUUUAGAACAAGAUGAUGAUGAUGAUGAUACAACUUUAUUUGAUGCCAAUCAUCCCCGAAGAUAAGAAUGUGCCUUUUAAUGAGAAAACUUCAUUGGCAAACAUCAAAAGAAGAAGCUUAUGAUUAAGGAAUAAGAAGCCAAUAUCAGCCACAGUGUGGGGGGUACUUAACAUAUAUAUUAUGACCUUGAAUUUGUUGUGGAAAUAAAUUAUCAAUUUGUUGCAUCUUUGUAUAUACAGGAAUGGUCUAUUAAUGAGCUCAAAUCUGAAGAAAAAGAUAUGCAGUAUAAUAGAAAUCUAUUUGAAAAUUACUAUUAAAAGAGGAUAUUUUCAGCUGUGUUUUACUUACUGCUUGCCAUAAUAUGGUGAACAGUUUAUGUUAAUCUUAAAUGUUUUGCUGGUAGAAUGUUUUAAGAAAUUAUAAGUUGUAACAUUGGAGUACAAAUUCCCUAAUAUGAUUUCAUUUGAUUUCUUUUUCUCCAGCAAAAUGUAUUUCUCAUUUUGGGGGGGGGGGGGGAAAUGCUGCCUGCCAGUUAUAUGGCUUUGUUUGUGAUUUUUCAAAAAUAACUAUAUGAGCUAUUGUACGCAAAGCAAUAAAUGUGAUUUUAACUUGUUUUGAGUAUUACAAGGAAUAUGAAAGGCAGUCUCAUUUGAAGAUAAAAGUUUAUUUCCAAACUA